UAAUCUUAAAGCUUUGUCUCUAAAGGGCAGAGGGUUGUUUUUGUUAAGUAUUUGUAGGAAAAAAACUUGCAGCAACUGCUUUCAGCAGACACUUGGUUUGUUUAAAGAAUUGUUUGGUUACAGCUGAGAGAUAUGGCCUCGAAGAACAGCCGUGAUAACAAGCAGGUUUACGAGGAUCUGAAAGAACAGUUAUCCAAGCUGAGCCGUUCGUUGAAGGUCUUAGAAACUAGGGCACUAAAACAUAACUUCUCGACGAGCGAACUUACUUCAAAAGGCCGCAAAACUUCUUCAGUCAAGUUACUGAAAACUGCUAAAGAGAGCGAUGUCCGUCCUCUGAAUAAAAAUGUCCUUGAUGGGCUGGCAAAACUUGUAAGUGCUCUGGAUACACUCACUGAAAUCCGGAAGCAGAGAAACUCUAAAGAGUCUAAGAUUCAUGGCGCGGCGGUUGGAAGAAGAAGGAAAUCCAAAAGAUCCAUAAACUUUGAAACAAUAGAGAAUGACAUUACAAAUUACAAGAUUUUAAUCAGCGAUAUAUCUACUGAGGCAGAAACAGUUGAUCAGGUGACCAAAUCUGGAAAAAUAAGCCUGGAGGAAGGUAAAAUAACCAAAAGCAAAGAGGAAAAGAUGAGACAGGAAAUUGCAGCAAUAAGCAGUCGGUGGAAUGUACUUUGCAAAGACGCCGUCGACAAGUGCAACAGCAUCGAAGCGUUCGUUUUGGAAAUGCAAACUGAAUAUUCCAAGUUAGAUUUGUGGAUGAACAAUGCUGAAAUAGCGGAUUCAUUGCUAAUGGAAUACGACCCAUAUGCAGAUCACCCGGAAAAGUUGGGAACCACGAUUACAGCUGUGAGAUUACAGCUUCAUGAAAACCAGAAAGUCCUAGAGAACUUUAGGAAGUCCAAGCCUAGACUGCAUAACAUGAACGACAUAGCCGCUACACUCAUGAAGAGUGGACGACUCGACGAGGAAAAUACUGACGAAUUGGAACGUGUUAUCAAUGUUAUCGUUGCAAAAUGGGAAUCGAUCGAUAAUCGGCUGAAUGCAAGUCGAGACAGGAUUUACGCUGAGAUCAACAAGUUAAGACAAAGGCUCGUAAAGCAGAGGCAGUCGAUUAUUCGAAGGUUUAGCUCACGGAGAAAUUCAUCGUUUCGAAGGAAAAGAUCCAUGCGGAAAAAACGCGAGGCGCAGCAGAAAAAAGAAGUCGAGACAAAGGAUCAGGAUGCUAAUGAAAGAAAAAUUGAUAUCUCUAUGAAGGAAACUGUUACCAAACGAACAUCACUGGAUUUGACUGUUUCAUCAGAUCAGAAUUCAAAAGUUGAUGAAAGGAUCCGUGUUUUAUCCAAGAAAGAGAUUGUUACCAGUUCAGCCGCCGUGGAUUUGAAUGCUUCCCUGGACCCUGUGCACGUUGUUGUGAAAAUAGACAACGAUUCUGACGAGGAAAGUCUCAGGUUGGAGAAACAGUCCAAUGCUUUUAAAUCCUUUGACUCAUCCCUUAAGUAUUGCGAAAGGAAUGAGCAAAGUCUUGAGGAGGAGUCGCUUCAGAAAUUUUCAGUUCCAGAGACUAGAAGGAAGGAGUUGAAAAAACAGUUGAACGAUAUUACGAGAUUUGAGAGGGAUGUCGAGAAAUCAAGAUCUGAGUUUCAUUCACAAGUAGAUAAGUUUGAAAAGGCUAAAGAGGAAGACUUCUUCAAUGAUACUGACACUGAAAUCCUGGGCAAGAGAGUGGAGGAUCUGAAGAACCGCUGGGAUCAAUUGUGGGGGGAACACAUCAAUAAUAAGACUCGCAUUAUUAAAGCCACUCUGGACCUUAACGACAAGUCCUUACUGAAGAUGAGCAAGGAGUUUAACGAUAUCGAGAGGCAGAUAAAUAGACCUGAAAUGUACGAAGAUGAGCGGCUUUCGCUUGAAGAAAACAUCCUCAAACAGAAGCGGCUGAUGGAUGACAUAGGAUCAUAUGACAGUGAAAUCAUCGAGGUGAAUGUUUUAGCGCGUAGCCUACUGGAGAGAGGUUCUAUCAAGAAAGGAAAAUUUGAAGAAGUUCACAAGGAAACAGAUUCUCUUAGAGAAAAACAGAAACAACUAAAGAAAAUGUGCAGAGAGAAUGGAGAUAGACUGGCAACGGAUCUUCUUGAUUUUAAUCAGCGGAACAAUAAAUCUCCUGUAGCAGUGGAAGAAGAAACAAUUCAGAUCAGCGAUGAUUACAACAUGCUUGCUGCAUCUCUUGAUGACUUACUCGCAGAUGAUAUUUCAGACGAGGGAUUCGCGGAACUGGACUCCCCUAAGUCAGUCCUAGAGAAAAAGAUUAGAGAUUUUGAUGGACAAGUUCAGUCCAUGAACCAGUGGAUAAAUGACUCUGAGAAGUUGGUAAAUUCGCUUCGUGUGGGAAUGGAUCCCGAUGAAGUUUCAAAGAGGAUCCAGGAAAUAAAGAUACGAUGUAGAGACAUCGAAAAAAAGGAGGCUAAGGUGAAAUACAUAAAUAAACUUGGCCAAGAGAUAACUGCUGAGUCCCUUGACACGACUCUUACCGAUGGUGUUGAGGAGAAGCUUGUAACACUGAACAAAAAAUGGCGUGACACAAGGGAGAUCUUAAGUGACUACCAUGACAAGGAUGAAGACGAACACUCAGAAUUUGGAAGUUGCUGUUGUUUUCAAAUGAUAAAGAAAGCGUUUCAGGCGUGUUUCUAUAGUUGAAUGGGAUUUGUCAGGAAACACAUCUCUUAAAUAGAGAUGAAUUAUGCCUCUUGUUGUGUAAUUAUCACGUCGUCACCACAGCCUCACCCUACAAUUGUAACCAUACUUGCAUCUAUAUACCUUAAUGGACAGGAUGUCAGUUUGAGUAAAUAGAAGAGGACAGAUUUAAAAUUGUAAACCCAGUAGUUGAUCAAGAAAGGUGUCGUUAGUCUUUCAGUUAGAGUUGGGGCAAGGAAAAGUUGAGUCCUCAUGACGAAUCGUAAUCAAGACCUUUGGAUUUCGCGCUCUCACUGAACAGAGAACGAUACAGUGAGUAAGACCAUUGCUAUUUUCUUAUUUGACUUACUUCCUGCGCAAUUCAAGGAUCAGCGGUGUUGAAAGCGCCAUGUAAGUGAAUAGAAAAACAACAAGUUUUGACUGAGUUCGAUAGUGGUCUUUGGUAUGUCGGUUUAUUGGUGCUCUUUCAUCUAUGAAUUACUCGCUUUCUUUUAAAAUUUUUAUAUCCCACAGUCUCAUAUUUUCUUGCCUUGUCAAUAAUUAUUGUAGAGUCGCUGUAAUGUGAAAGCGGAGGAUACGGAGGGCACACAGCAACGAAAGAAAGCAACUCGACUUUUUCUAGGCCUCUCUCAAGGCAUCGUCAAUGGAUUUUUGCCUUGAAAUAAAGUUUCGAACUAUG